AUGUGUGCACGACUCGAUGUUAAAAAUAGUGAAACUCAAGACGCUCAGAAUUUGCAUUUGACAGUUACUUUGUGGCUCAUUAGUGCGGCCAACAACGAAAAGGCGAUUGUUGGCAUCAAUUAUCAGCCUCCAACAGUCGUGCCAGGUGCCGAUCUGGCGAAAUUACAACGAGCCGUAUGUAUGCUCUCAAAUACUACAGCUAUUGCUGAAGCAUGGGCCAGACUCGACCACAAGUUUGACCUGAUGUAUGCAAAAAGAGCUUUUGUACACUGGUUAGUUUUUGAAAAAAAUUUCAGCCAGUAAAG